AUGGAGCCCCACCUGCUCGGGCUGCUACUCGGCCUCCUGCUCAGUGGCACCAGGGUCCUCGCCGGCUACCCAAUUUGGUGGUCCCUGGCCCUGGGCCAGCAGUACACAUCUCUGGGCUCCCAGCCUCUGCUCUGCGGCUCCAUCCCAGGCCUGGUCCCCAAGCAACUGCGUUUCUGCCGCAAUUACAUCGAAAUCAUGCCCAGUGUAGCAGAAGGUGUGAAGCUGGGCAUCCAGGAGUGCCAGCAUCAGUUCCGGGGCCGCCGAUGGAACUGUACCACCAUCGACGACAGCUUGGCCAUCUUUGGGCCUGUCCUGGACAAAGCCACCCGCGAAUCAGCCUUCGUGCAUGCCAUCGCCUCGGCUGGUGUCGCCUUCGCGGUCACGCGCUCCUGCGCCGAGGGUACCUCCACCAUCUGCGGCUGCGACUCGCAUCAUAAGGGACCACCUGGAGAAGGCUGGAAGUGGGGCGGCUGCAGCGAGGACGCCGACUUCGGGGUGCUGGUGUCGCGGGAGUUUGCGGAUGCACGGGAAAACAGACCCGAUGCCCGCUCGGCAAUGAACAAGCACAACAACGAGGCGGGCCGCACGACCAUUCUGGACCACAUGCACCUGAAGUGCAAAUGCCAUGGGUUGUCGGGCAGCUGCGAGGUGAAGACCUGCUGGUGGGCCCAGCCCGACUUCAGAGCCAUUGGCGACUUCCUCAAGGACAAGUACGACAGCGCCUCCGAGAUGGUGGUGGAGAAGCACCGGGAGUCCCGAGGCUGGGUGGAGACUCUGCGGGCCAAGUAUGCGCUCUUCAAGCCCCCCACCGAGAGGGACCUCGUCUAUUAUGAGAACUCCCCCAACUUUUGCGAACCCAACCCAGAGACGGGCUCCUUCGGCACCAGGGACAGGACUUGCAAUGUCACCUCUCAUGGCAUCGACGGCUGCGAUCUGCUGUGCUGUGGCCGCGGCCACAACACGAGGACCGAGAAGCGGAAGGAGAAAUGCCAUUGUGUCUUCCACUGGUGCUGCUAUGUCAGCUGCCAAGAGUGCGUUCGCAUCUAUGACGUGCACACCUGCAAGUAG